UCAGUAGUCUCGGUUGUUGUUUUUGUUUGCACUUUGCAACAAAAACAUGGUAAUAAUUUCACGUUGUUUUUGCCAUUUUCCACUAAUUUUAAUACCAUAAAAUGAAGGUCAGUGAGAUUUAGGGAACCAGACCAGCCUCCGCGAGAACUUGACCUCGGGAGAUAUUGUGUGAAUUGCGCAAAAAUCCAAAACAAAACCAAUGUGUCAGUGAUAAAAGUGUCGAACGCGUUCCUGGAAUCCCCGGCUGAUAGGGCUUUUUUCGUGGAAAGUGUGGAUGUUUCUGUCGCUAUCCAGCGUUGAGAUAGUCUCUCGAGGAGGGAGUUUUGCGCGGAAGUGGCAGUGAAAGUGGUCGAGAGAACCGAAGAUAAGUGGGAGCUGAGUUCGGGUGUGAUUGGAAGUGGUGGCGAACCAGACAAUCGAGCCACGGAGUCACAUUCCUCUCCAGUCACUUGAAUCUCGGCUGUCUGUCCGAACGUGCUUCUCCAGUGCGGCAGAAACGCAAUUAAAAACACCUGAGAUCACAGCAGGAAUCUUACAAAGUGGUAUUCAGGGAGUGUCUACGUGGACUGUGAGUCUGUGAAGUGAAUUUAUGGUGAUUCUGAGACAUAGUUGUGCGAAUCUAGUGCAAAAAUCCCAAUUUUGAUUGUGAAGAGAAAGCCAGGGAUUAGUUCCAGAAGGAAGGAAUCUUCUUUGCAUGUUCUUGUGACGCAAUCUCUGCACAAAUGACAUCAACAUUCAUUGGAGGAGUCGAAGGGGGUGCUACACACUCCAAGCUCGUGAUCUGUGAUGAGCAGGGAAGCAUUGUGGCUUCGGUGUCGGGUCCAGGCACAAAUCACUGGAUGGUUGGCAUUCCAGAGUGUGCACGAAGGAUCAUGGAGAUGGCUACUCAGGCCAAAUCAGUUACAAAUAUUCCUCAGACGCUGAAACUGAAGUGCUUGGGUCUGAGUCUCAGUGGAUGUGAGCAAGAGGCAACAAACAAAGUGUUGGAGAAUGAACUGAGGACUACUUGUCCAACUCUCUCUGAGAACUAUGUUGUUUGCAGCGAUACUGCGGGCAGUAUUGCUACUGUUUCUCCACUCGGAGGCCUAGUGCUAAUCUCUGGCACUGGAUCCAAUGCCCUCCUGCGGAAUCCCGAUGGGACAAUGUACAAUUGUGGCGGUUGGGGCAAUAUGAUGGGAGAUGAAGGAAGUGCCUGGUGGAUCUCCCACAGAGCCAUGAAGAUUGUCUUUGACGAUGAGGAUAAUUUCAUAAAGUCUCCACAUGCCACAAAUGUAGUGUGGCAAUUGAUAAAGGAGCACUUUAGCGUGGAGACUAGGCUUGAUCUUCUGGAUCAUUGCUAUGCCAAGUUUGAUAAGCCAUUCUUUGCGGGUUUGUGCUCAAAAUUGGCCGUGGCAGCUACUGAGGGAGAUCGCCUGUGUCAGCAACUCUUCACAGAUGCUGGACGUCUCCUGGCCAAGGCUAUCAUUGCUUUGCUACCACGAGUCAAUGAGGAACUUGUACGAAGCGGAGAAUUGAGUAUUGUAUGCGUAGGAUCAGUUUGGCUCAGUUGGGAUCUUCUCAAGAUGGGCUUCAUCAAGGAAAUGAACACAACUUCUAUCACCUACGGACUCACUCUCAAACGACUGACGCAGACUAUGGCUCUGGGAGCCACCUACUUAGCCGCAGACGCCAUCAAUUUCAAUCUCCCACGAGACUAUUCCCGGAACUAUGAGAUUUUCUACAAACAUCACAACUCGUCAGUCGUCAAUGGGAAUAGGAUUGAGUGACUGAGGGGGAAGUUGUAGACUUCCCCAAAGGGCUUUUUUGUGUGAAAAGUGUUGUUUUGUACGGGUGAUUAUGGGGCGAUCACACGCAAGAAUUUUUCAUCAAUAUUUUUGGUCAAAUCUAAAUGAUACACAGAAAAAAAAACUAAAAGUUUUCAGAGAAAAAGGUGAGUGUCUUAAAAUUUUUUGAUUCAACGAUAUUGUGAUUACGUUUUUUAUAAUUUUACAUUACAGGAAAUAUUUUAGAUCUUACAAUCUACUUAAUUUUAUCAAACAUUUAGAAGAAAAAGUGAGCUCUUUUUUUAAUUUCCCGACGAUUUUUUUUUCUACUUUAUUGAAAUAAAAUAAGUUAUGGAAUUA